AUGCCAGUCAGAUCGGCGACUUCAGACACAACCGUGUCUCAGGCCAGCAAUGAUAGCAUUCGCCCCUUCCGACCAAAGCGAGUCCGUAUUCGCCUGGAUGACAAUUCUGUUUGCUUCCCGCAAGACCCGAUAACUACUGUCUGCACCGGACUAUCCAAAGAUUGUGGUGAUAUGUCUGACGUCAAUUCCAAUGGGAGUCAGUCGACCGGCAGCCUCGCCAGCUGGGCGUCGCAUCUGUGGACUCGUCUGGAGUCUCUCAUGGGGUCUUCCCGAUCUCUCUACGACGACCUCUGGGGAGGCAGGAACGGCUGCAUCGAGGAAUAUGUUUGCAUGAAACCACCCAGACACCGGUCGUGGAUCGAACUCCAACACGACGCAGUUUUCGUCAAGGCAUUGGAAGAUAUCAUCCAGACGAGUGCGAAAUGGGUAUCGCUGUUGUCAGAAAGACCGUAUAAGCGUACACCCAAGGGUCUCUUACAAUUUGCUGAGUAUGCAAAAGGCGUUUAUCGGUGUCAGCUCGAAGAUGGCAGGAUGCCCGGAUCGAAGGAUGAAGGACUUGAUACGAAAUUACGCGAGAUAUCGCCGACGGUAUUCAAUACUCUCAAGAGCCGCGCGUUUCCGACAGCUUGUUUCAUCGAACUUGCCCAUGACGUAAAGCUUGCGGUGGUGAUCCACGAGAGGUGGAACCACUCAGGGUUGAAUGGAGGUUUCCUUGACUUGAAGUUCUACCCAAAGGAGAAAUGUGAAGUAUGGUAG